ACAGCUUUCUUGGGAAAUGCCUCACUGUUCUACAAGCUCACAAAUGGUUCUGUGAGGGAAAAGAGCUACACAGCACUCCUGAUAUUCAGAUCCGCAGUGAGGGCGGGGACCUCCACACCCUGAUCAUAGCAGAGGCCUUUGAGGACGACACAGGUCGCUAUACCUGCCUGGCUACAAACCCCAGCGGCUCAGACACCACGUCUGCGGAGGUGUUCAUUGAAGGUGCCAGUUCGACAGAUUCCGAGAGUGAAAAUUUAGCUUUCAAAUCAAACCCUGGAGCCAUGCCACAAGCUCAAAAGAAAACAACUUCUGUCUCCUUGACAAUAGGAUCCUCAUCUCCAAAGACAGGAGUGACCACAGCUGUGAUUCAACCAUUGUCUGUCCCUGUUCAACAGGUCCACAGUCCAACCUCGUAUCUCUGCCGACCUGAUGGAGCUGCUCCUGCCUACUUUCCUCCUAUUUUUACAAAGGAACUGCAAAACAUAGCAGCAUCUGAGGGUCAGGUGGUGGUUCUGGAGUGCCGGGUCCGAGGAGCACCCCCUUUGCAGGUCAAGUGGUUCCGACAAGGGAGUGAAAUUCAAGACUCUCCAGAUUUCAGAAUUCUACAGAAAAAACCUAGAUCUACAGCUGAACCUGAGGAGAUCUGUACCCUAGUUAUCGCUGAGACUUUCCCCGAAGAUGCAGGGAUUUUUACGUGCUCAGCAAGAAAUGACUACGGAUCAGUAACCAGUACUGCCCAGCUGAUUGUCACCUCAGCCAACACUGAAAACUGUAACUAUGACUCAGUGGGAGAAUCCAACAAUGAUCACUUCCAACACUUUCCACCUCCCCCUCCAAUCUUGGAGACAAGUUCCUUUGAGUUGGCUUCAAAGAACCCGUCUGAGAUCCAGCAGGUGAACAGCCCUGAGUUAGGACUCGGCAUGGCAGCCCUUCAAAUGCAGUUCAAUUCUGCUGAGCGGGAAACAAACGGAGUCCAUCCCAGCCAUGGAGUAAACGGACUGAUUAACGGCAAAGCGAACAGUAAUAAAUCUCUUCCAACACCAGCUGUCCUACUUUCACCCACUAAGGAGCCACCACCUCUGCUUGCCAAACCAAAACUGGACCCUCUGAAAAUCCAGCAACUCCAGAACCAAAUCCGACUCGAGCAGGAGGCCAGUGCGCGGCACCCCCCCCAGACGCCCGCGGCCUUCCUCAGCGCCCUGCUGCCCUCGCAGCCACCGUCGGUGGCCGUCAACGCCCUGGGCCUGCCCAAGGGCGUCACCCCCGC